CAGGAGGAAGGAAGAGAGGCAGAGCCUGGGCACCAUGGCUGGAUUCUCCACUCUUGGGCUUCUCCUCCUGUGUCAGCUAUUAGCCACAGCAUCAGCUCAGAGAGUAGGACCACAAGGCCCUCCAGGACCACGAGGACCCCCUGGACCAUCCGGCAAGGACGGCAUAGAUGGAGAGCCAGGCCCUCCUGGUUUGCCAGGCCCACCAGGGCCAAAAGGUGCACCAGGGAAGCCUGGAGCAGCUGGUGAAGCUGGAUUGCCUGGCCUUCCUGGAGUGGAUGGUUUGACAGGAACUGAUGGCCCACCUGGCCCAAAUGGGCCUCCAGGAGACCGUGGUGCAUUAGGACCUGCUGGGCCCCGUGGAUCAGCUGGCAAAGGACUACCAGGACCUCCAGGGCCUCCAGGACCUAGUGGCCUCCCAGGUGGCAAUGGAUUUCGGGGUCCUCCUGGACCUUUUGGUCUGCCAGGAUUCCCAGGGCCUCCUGGACCACCCGGACCUCCUGGUCUUCCAGGCACCCUUCAUGAUGGUGGUGUGGACCUUCAGUGCCCAGCUCUGUGCCCACCAGGUCCUCCAGGUCCCCCAGGGAUGCCAGGCUUCAAGGGACAUACUGGGCAUAAAGGAGAACCUGGUGAAACAGGGAAAGAAGGAGAGAAGGGUAACCCUGGCCCUCCUGGUCCUCCAGGCAUCCCUGGCAGCGUUGGCCUGCAGGGCCCAAGAGGACUAAGAGGCCUCCCUGGUCCAGUGGGUCCAGCUGGUGACAGAGGUGAUAUUGGCUUCAGAGGGCCACCUGGGAUCCCAGGACCUCCAGGGAAAGCUGGAAGCCCAGGAAACAAAGGACCUCAGGGAUUCAGGGGGCCCAAAGGUGAUACUGGUAAACCUGGACCAAAAGGCAACCCAGGGGCUCGUGGACUCCUAGGAGAACCUGGCAUGCCUGGCAAGGAUGGACGGGAUGGAGCCCCUGGACUCGAUGGUGAGAAGGGUGAUGCAGCUCGCAUGGGUGCUCCUGGAGAGAAGGGACCAAACGGACUCCCUGGACUGCCUGGAAGAGCAGGUUUUAAAGGCUCCAAAGGGGAACCAGGCAGUCCUGGAGAGAUGGGAGAGGCAGGUCCCUCUGGAGAGCCAGGCAUCCCUGGUGAUGUUGGUGUUCCUGGUGAGAGAGGUCUGCCAGGACCCAGAGGAGCAACU